AAGAAUUCAGGAAUGGCUUCUAAUUAAAAUGAGCCUUUUAUUGUUUAUAAAAAUUAUAGAUAAAAAUAAAAGGAAGCAAAAAAAGAAGGUCUCAAGGAGAAAAUAGUUCCAAAUGAAGUAAAAAAAAAAAUUGAAAAGACAAAGAAAAAUGCAAACCCAUAACCAACUUAAAAAAAGAUUGAUUAAAAUUUACUAUUUAGAGUUAUUCAGUAGCACCAUCAACAAUAACAAAUACUUUAAUAAUUCAUUCUUGAUUAACGAAUGAGUCAUGCAAAUGUGUAAGAUGAUGAUAUUGAUGAAUUCUCUCCAAUUUAUAAAUUUGGUAUUCCAACUACACCUUAGAAUGUUGCAUUGCAAAGAAGAAUGAGCAGAGAUGACGACGAUUUCAAAAUUUGA